UGUCAAUUUUCAUCGACUGAAAAAAACUUUACUCGUCGAGACGGCGAAAAUGGUGCUCGAAAGUACUAUGAUCUGUGUGGAUAACAGUGAGUUUAUGAGAAAUGGAGACUUUAUACCAAGCCGCCUUCAAGCCCAACAAGAUGCUGUUAACAUGGUCUGCCAUUCAAAAACGAGAUCCAACCCAGAAAAUAAUGUUGGACUUCUAACAUUGGCCAACACCAAAGUAUUGGCCACAUUGACUACAGAUGCUGGACGCAUUUUAUCAAAACUUCAUCAGGUCCAGCCAGAAGGUUCAAUCAAUCUGCUAACAGGAGUCAGAAUUGCUCAUCUUGCUCUUAAACAUCGUCAAGGAAAAAACCAUCGAACUAGAAUUAUAGUCUUCAUUGGCUCUCCUCUUAAUUUUGAUGAAAAGGAAUUGAACAAACUAGCCCGGAAACUGAAGAAAGAGAAAGUCAAUGUAGACAUUAUUUGCUUUGGAGAAGAGAAUGGAGGAACCGAAGUCCUGGCUAGUUUUAUCAAUACUCUCAAUGGCAAAGAUGGCACUGGUAGUCAUUUGGUUACCAUUCCACCUGGGCCUCAUCUCGCUGAUGCACUAAUUUCUUCGCCGGUCAUUCAAGGGGAAGACGGUACAGGAGCGGUUGGCUUGGGGGCGGGGGGCUUCGAGUUUGUCGAUCCUAAUGAAGAUCCUGAAUUGGCUCUUGCUCUACGGGUUUCAAUGGAAGAGCAACGUCAGCGUCAAGAAGAGGAAGCACGCCGAUCAGGCAAUCCGUCAGGUCCGGAGCCUGCUGCACCCACAACAAUGACCGGCGCUCCUGCUUCUAACGAAGAUGCAAUGCUUGAGCGUGCGUUGGCGAUGUCCAUGGAUCAACCAAGCGUCACUUCAGCUGCUGCCAGCAACGCACCUGCAGCACCAGUUUAUCCUGACUUCGCCACAAUGACUGAAGAGGAACAAAUUGCUUAUGCAAUGCAAAUGUCAAUGGCAGAAGCUCAGGGACCAGUUAAAACAGAAGCCGAAGCUAUGGAAGUUGAAUCGACACCAGCAGCAGCAGCAGCGAGCGAUGACUACGAUGAAGUGAUGAAAGAUCCGGAAUUCCUCCAAAGCGUUUUAGAAACGCUUCCAGGAGUCGACCCUUCGAGCGAUGCUGUACAAUCUGCCGUUGAUGCUUUGCGAAAUCAAGAUAAGGAUAAGAAGCAAGGGAAAAAGCCUGACUCCAAGUAACGAGAUUGAUUUGUAACGCCUCGCUUGAUUCGGAUCUAGAAUUCACUAAUGUGCAUCUGCCCAUCACACCUGUGUGUAACAGAACGUGGUAGAUGCUUUCUCCCAUUGGCACACUAUCGCCUAAUUGAUAAUUCUAGGAUUUCAUCGUAUUUUUCUGAAUUGAAUAAAGAAACUCAUAAAAAAUC